CUCUGUCUACUUGUUGGAGGAGAAACGGAAACGCGCCGUUGUUGCAUUUACGAAUUAAUUCAAUUGCGCCGUGUAGUUUGGGGCUCAGCUGGAAAUGCAUUAUGCACAUGCACGAUUUGGCGAAUCAGGUCCCAAGUAGCGAACGAGUGCAACGCGAGGGGCAACUGCUCACAGUUAGCCUGUUAGCUGCACAUGUUAGCGACCCGCCAAACAAGCCCCUGCCCGCUAACACUCCCGGAGGAGGUGAGCUAUCAACGGAAGGACCGUUGACACGAGACACAGAGGAUGCCAGUGAAACAGACCUGGCCAAGCACGACGAGGAUGACUAUGUGGAAAUCAAAGAACAAAUGUACCAAGACAAACUGGCCUCCUUGAAACGACAGCUGCAGCAGCUGCAAGAAGGUACUCUGCAGGAGUAUCAGAAGAGGAUGAAGAAGCUCGACCAGCAGUACAAAGAGAGACUCCGAAAUGCAGAUCUGUUCCUCCAACUUGAGACAGAGCAGGUGGAGAGGAAUUACAUCAAGGAGAAGAAGGCAGCGGUGAAGGAGUUUGACGACAAAAAGGUGGAACUGAAGGAGAACCUAAUUGCGGAGCUGGAGGAGAAGAAGAAGAUGAUUGAGAAUGAAAAACUAACAAUGGAGCUGACAGGUGAUUCAAUGGAGGUAAAACCUAUCAUGACCAGGAAGCUGAGGAGACGACCUAAUGAUCCAGUCCCAAUUCCAGACAAACGGAGAAAACCUGCACCAGCUCAGCUAAAUUAUUUGUUGACAGAUGAACAGAUCAUGGAAGAUCUCAGAACACUUAAUAAGCUUAAAUCGCCGAAGCGGCCCGGUAUGUCAAUACUCGUAUCGCCCUCGUCCCCAGAACAUGUCCCCUCGGUUCCCAUUGAAAGCCCCACCCAGCGCUACGAGGCUCGCAUCGAGGAGGGGAAGCUUUACUACGACAAAAGAUGGUACCACAAGAGUCAGGCCAUCUACCUGGAAUCAAAAGACAACACGAAGAUCAGCUGUGUCAUCAGCUCAGUCGGGACCAAUGAGAUUUGGGUGAGGAAGACGAGCGACAGCACGAAGAUGAGGAUCUACCUGGGCCAGCUGCAGAGGGGAGCGUUUGUCAUCCGUCGACGGUCGGCCGCAUGAGACGCUUCCCCUCCCCUCCCCCCAUCUGUUCAUUCAUUCAUUCAUCCCCCCCGCUCGUUCAUCCACCGUUUUGCCCAUUGGUGCAUCCCUGUUGAGUUUGACAUGAGGCUUCUUCAUCCUAUACACUACCCAUCUACACACACACUCAUAGAAUCUUUCAUGGCCAAGGAUAUGUCACCAGAUUUGUUUUUCUCACACAAACCAACCUCUCGCACGGUAAAAGUCGUCCUAUAGACAAGUGGCUGUUUUCCAGCAUUAUUUGUCACUAUGUGGCACGUGUGUGGAGGUGGCUGUGGCUCAAAAUGGUGGCUUUGAUGCUGUCGACACAAAUCCUUUCUCUCUCCCGCAGCCUCAUUAACGUUGAUCAUUAAGUUAUUUUUCUGGAACAGCUUCAUGUAGACCCACACAAACAGUUUUCAAGCCUUUCAAGCUGUCGACCUGCUGAUGAGUAACAAAGCACGAACUGGAGGAACCCUUGUUGACAGGAUUUGUAUUGUUUUUUAUAUAAAAACACACCGAUCAGGCCUGGACGUGAUGACGAGAUGAGGAAAGGCUUCAGGUUUGAACAUCAUCAACCCCUCACGUGAAGACGUUACACGAGUCGAACCCUUUUCCAAACAUUAGAACUUUUGCACUGUCAUUAAGACGCGGAGCCCUGUUAUGCUUAUUAGAGAAAAAAAAUGUAUUUUGAAGAUUUCUGUGUUAAUAUUUUUAUGUAAUUUCGUCAUCCUCUCCAUAUGUGAACAAUCUGGAUGAUUUCAACAAUGUUUGCAUUUGGAGCAUCACGUGGACUGUUAAUUUGUACUGUGUUCCAUUUUAUUAAAAUGUUUUCUGCCUUUUA